AGAGAGUUAGAGAGAGAAGUAAGAAAGUGAGAAAUGUUGGUCGGGAAGUGGAAAAAACCGUAUUUAAAUGUUAGGGGUUAAAUUGAAAAUUCAAGUCAAAAUGGGAGCGUUACCCGGUAAAAUGGGAGCGACGAAUAACAACCCCUAAAGCGGAUCAAGUAAAAAAGAACGGAGUAUUACAAUCUUAUGCCAAAAGAGUUAGGCCACUUUGCCACACUCACAAACAAACGGAAGGUGCAUAUGAAAUCAUUCUUUUCAAUUUUCAAUAAUACUGUAUAAUUUACGAAUGAAAAACCAACCAAAAAACGCAAAAACUCUGUUACAAAUUCCUUUCUUAUGGAAGAGAGAUUAAUGGACCAGGAACUUCCACCCUCUCAAAAGCUCUAAAAUCCCUUCAAUUUUAUUUUUUUUAUUAUUAUUAUAAUUAUACCAUGUAAUUCCAAUUCCCAUCUCCCAAUUUCCCUCAUUUUCUCUCUCCUCGAUUUUGAAUGAACCUGGACAAAAAAUGGCGGAAGGUGAGUUUUUGUUUUCCAAGGAAUUGGAUGUUGCUGUUCGAGUUGUUCAUUUGGCUUGCGCUUUAUGUCAGAGAGUUCAGAAUAGCUUGCUUUCUGCUAAUGCUUCCCAGGUCAAUUCUAAAGAUGAUGAUUCUCUUGUCACCGUUGCGGAUUAUAGUGUACAAGCUGUUGUUAGCCAAAUACUGUCAGAAUCUUUCGGAAGCCAAAAUUUGUCCAUUGUUGCUGAGGAAGAUGCACAGACUCUCUCAAAGUCUGACUUAUUGCAAGCAGUGGUGAAUACGGUGAACGAAAGUUUCUCAGAAGCUCCUAGAUUUGGUCUUAAAGUGUCAAACAUUCCUCUUGCCCCCAACCAAGUGCUUGAAGCCAUUGGUCGAUGCAACUCUUCUGGUGGUCCUAAAGGAAGACAUUGGGUUUUGGACCCUGUUGAUGGAACCCUGGGUUUUGUACGUGGCAAUCAGUAUGCUGUUGCCCUAGCAUUGAUCGAGGAGGGAAGAGUAAUACUUGGAGUCCUGGGGUGCCCCAACUACCCUGUGAAGAAGGGUCUAGUGAACCACCAUCAUCAACUCACACCAGAAAUGUCCUCCGCCUCUCCUGAUAUGUGGGAGAAAGGCUGUGUAAUGUAUGCAAAGAGAGGCACUGGUAAAGCAUGGAUGCAGCCAUUAAUUCAUGGAGAAUUGAAGCUUAACUUGUUUGACUCUGCGAGAAAAAUUAAAGUUUCCUCUGUUAAGGAUCCAGCUCUUGCAACAUUUUGUGAACCAGUGGAAAAAACCAAUACCAGUCAUUCUUUCACAGAAGGGGUUGCUCACAGUGCUGGACUUAGGAAGAAGCCUUUGCGUGUAUAUAGUAUGGUGAAGUAUGCAGCCAUAGCUAGAGGAGAUGCCGAAAUUUAUAUGAGGUUUGCUACAGCUGGUUAUAAAGAGAAGAUAUGGGAUCAUGCUGCUGGUGUGCUUAUCGUACAAGAGGCUGGUGGUGUGGUAACUGAUGCCGGAGGACGCCCACUGGACUUUUCAAGGGGAGUGUAUUUGGAAGGUCUUGAUCGUGGAAUAAUUGCUUGUUCUGGAGCUGUAUUACAUGAGAAAAUUAUAGGUGCUGUUGAUACUAGUUGGGAAUGCUCUCUCCUCUGAAGCCUGUGGGAGUAUCAUCAUUUAAGAAGCUGAACUGCAAUUUUGAAGUUUCUGCCGCUGCUUCUUCCAGUGAACUCAGGAAGGAUGCCCAUGAAGAAAAAAAAAAAAAAAAAAACUUCCUGCAAAGACCGGCCCAGCAACUAGUGCACUUGCUUUUCCAUUUUUUCGCUUCAAACAGGCGUCUAUAUUUGUGGAACUGCUCUAUAUUUUUUCCUUGGCAUCGAGUUGCACCUGUUGAAUUUUGUUGGCUAAAAGAACAGAUUUAUUACAGUUAAUACAUUAAUUCUCUUUGCUGUUGUUACCUGUUCUAGACCAAUGUUCUAAUUGGGGAUGUAUUAAGAUGGCAUACAUUGAAUAAGAAAACUCAAUUUCAAAGAAAGUUUGAGAAAUUCCUUCA